AUGCAGACUGGUCAGGGUACGAACAAUCUUGUCACAGGCAUGAAAGACUGUGCUGCGCGGCGUGGUGUCUCAUCUGGGUCUGAUGCCACCGGCACACAACAAACUAUUACUGGAUCAGUUUCGAAAUAUACAGCGGAGGCUCACCGUGCUUUGAUAGCGAUGCAUUGUGCAGUGAAUAAACGCCCAUUUCAAUCAGUGGCAGAUCCUCUCUAUAUUGAAGAAAUAAAGCUCUUGCGCCCAGAUGUUAAGGUCCCUUCUCCACGCACAGUCUCGCGCGACAUCAAUACCAUCUAUACUGAAGCAUCUCACAAUGUCAAGACUUACUUUGAGGUGAGAUUUUUAACAAAGAUGCAGCUGUUCGCUCCUGACUCUCAUAGUAGAAACACGUCGGCUCGAUUCACCUUGUCAUCAACGGCUGGUUGGCACCAUUUGCUUAUUCAUACCUCGGUAUUGUCAUUGUCUGGUUUGACCAAGGCAAAAUCUGGCGAUCAACACUCGAGUUUAUCCGGUAUGUGA